CACCAGGACCCCACUCACCAGGACCCCACUCACCUGGACCCCACUCACUUGCAACACCCAAAUUCCCAUAUAUAAAUAUUUGAUCUUGUCCCCGUUUUAUCACUCACGUCCCUGUGGUGGACUGUCCUCAUGUAGCACCUGGAGUCCUCACCUGGCCGCCUCAGUCAUCUGUAGGUAAUUGACACGGCUAGGUGAGCCGUGUCAAUCAUCUAGAGGGCUCACCAGGCCUUGUCAAUCAUCUAGAGGGCUCACCACGCCUUGUCAAUCAUCUAGAGGGCUCACCAGGCCUUGUCAAUCAUCUAGAGGGCUCCCCUGGCCUUGUUAAUCAUCUAGAGGGCUCACCAGGCCUUGUCAAUCAUCUAGAGGGCUCCCCUGGCCUUGUUAAUCAUCUAGAGGGCUCACCAGGCCUUGUCAAUCAUCUAGAGGGCUCCCCUGGCCUUGUUAAUCAUCUAGAGGGCUCACCAGGCCUUGUCAAUCAUCUAGAGGGCUCCCCUGGCCGUGUGGGCAUCCUACCACCUGUCACCUAGAGCGGUCAAGGCUGACCGUCAACAUGGUACACCAUGGGUGCGGCUGCGGUCGUGCGGGCGGUAACACCUGUUAUGGAAAUAUUGGCGGUGUUGAACCUCAAGAACAUAAUUAAUAAAGUGUGAAUAAGGAGCAAAUGACAAUGGCUGUCGCACAACGAGACUGCGGCUGAGAAGCCCGGACCAAACAAACUAUUAUUGUUCAGUUUUGGCAAGAUGAAGACAUUUUUUUGGGGCAAGAAACAUGGCUUGUGUCGCGAAGAUGGUAGGGCCUAUUAUCUGCCUUCGAAUCCAUUGGUGAAAAGGAUAGAUAUAUGAAGAAUCUUUGUCUCUCUCGUCAAGAUCAAGGUGAAGGAGUGACUAUGGCUCUCCGGUCCACCGCCUCCUGCGGUUACUCAGACUAUUAAAAUGGUAUUCUUUAUUUCCCUGGUGCCGCCUUCGUCACAUGUCUCUUCAUCUGUACUUCCUUCCUUGGCCAUUCUCGCCCUCCAGACUCUUGUCUCCGUCGGGGGAAGUAUCAGCGCUCACCAGGCCGCCAGCGCUUUGGGAUACAUGGAGCCUCCAGUGAGACGGGUCAUAACGAGUGACUCUGUGUUCUCUAGCGUGUCCUCCGCCCUCGAGAACAGGGACCUGGAGGACCUUCCGGGAGUAACACAGCCCCAAGGACCUAAACAACGAUUGCUGUCGCUCACCGAGCCAAAGCCGAUGCUCCAAACGCUUUACCAACUCAUCUCCUCCAUCAACGCCCUACUGCCCAUACCCACCGUACCCCUAAAGCAUUUCACAAUCGCAAACGUGCGCACAAAAAGAACGACGCGACAACGACUUCGAAGUUACAGAUCCCGUGGUAUGAUAUUUCUCCCUGUCUCAUCGCUGAAUCCUCUUGAAUACACCAAAUUCGUAAUUUAUUCUAAGUAUUCCCAAGAUCACAAUGUUUCAGGCCACGCGAGUGAGAGGUCCCAAGGCUUGUGGUUUGAAGGCAGCGAUGCUGUGGGUCGCCCUGAGCUCUCUGACCCGCCAUCAGCCUCCGGUGAUCGGGUGAGCCACAGCCACGACAGAUCGGGUCGGCAGACAGCGUCAAAGAAAUCGAAAAACAGUUUGGGUGAUGUUACCUUAAGAUUUCAGGAAAAUAAAAAGACAGACCAAAUGCAUAAACUACUAAACUCAAAAAUCAGUGACAGAGUGAAAAAAGCUGUAAGUCGAGGAAAUAAAAAAGUGAGAAUGAGUGAUAAUUUUGUAUCGACUUUAGUGAAAAUGUAUAGAAAUAUUUACAGUAAACCUAAAGGGGAAAGAAUGACAGAUAUAGACAAUAAAACUGAAAUUAAAAAUCAACUGACGCUCAGGAAAAAUCCAAUUCUCGACACUAACAUAAAGUUCGUAAUGAGUCGAGUAGUGUCCAACAUGUCUGUGACUAAUUAUAAUGACAUGGAGAAAGACAACACCAGUUUAGCUGGUAUGAGAGGAGAGACUGUGGCGAGGAGUGAGGCUGGAACAAUGACAGGUGUGGCGAGGAGUGAGGCUGGAACAAUGACAGGUGUGGCGAGGCGUGAGGCUGCAACAAUGACAGGUGUGGCGAGGCGUGAGGCUGCAACAAUGACAGGUGUGGCGAGGCGUGAAGCUGCAACAAUGACAGGUGUGGCGAGGAGUGAGGCUGCAACAAUGACAGGUGUGGCGAGGAAAAGAGCUGGAACAGUGACAAGUACGGCGAGGCGUGAGGCUGGAACAAUGACAGGUGUAGCAAGGCGUGAGGCUGGAACAAUGACAGGUGUAGCUAGGCGUGAGGCUGGAACAGUGACAGGUGUAGCGAGGCGUGAGGCUGGAACAGUGACAGGUGUAGCGAGGCGUGAGGCUGGAACAAUGACAGGUGUAGCGAGGCGUGAGACUGGAACAGUGACAAGUAUGGCGAGGCGUGAGGCUGGAACAGUGACAGGUGUAGCGAGGCGUGAGGCUGGAACAGUGACAAGUAUGGCGAGGCGUGAGGCUGGAACAGUGACAGGUGUGGCGAGGCGUGAGGCUGGAACAGUGAAAGGUGUGGCGAGGCGUGAUGCUGGAACAAUGACAGGUGUGGCGAGGGGAGGAGAUGAAAGAGUGACAGGUGUGGCAAGAGUUAUAGCAGGAGCUGUAAAAAUAACGGCCAAGUUACCUCCGUCCCCGAAGGGAGAGACGUCUGCCAUUACGCGCCGCGAAGAACCCCAAAUCAAAACAAGUAAAGGGGAAAUAGUUGAAAAUUCUGAAUGUGAAAAGAAAAGAUCAAAGCAGGCAGUAGUGUCGGGCAGAAGAGGUGUUGAGGAGGCCAACACACCCCUGGAACACCCACUCCGGGGCUCAAGUACCCGACCACACUCCAAGUUUACCGUUGGCCGCGUCAGACCAUACAACACCGAGCUGGGUGUGGCCAGGUGGAGGCAGAGUCCCUCGCUACCAUAUCCCACAGACCUUCACCAAAACUUCCUAAUGGAUAAAUUCAGUUCUGGCAGUGAUGCUGAUGAGGCUUCCUCGUUGCUGACCCGUACAGAAGCCGACGUUAAAUCUCAGCACACGAGAGAUGACUCGAACUCCAGUCAGAAGCAGCCAUCAGCAUCUAUCGCUGGAGCCCAAGAAGGCCAAACACAUUACAAGGAGGAGAGCCACAAGGGCGAAGAAUCUGUACUUAAUCACAAGCGUCCAAUUCCGUAUCAAACCGAGAUUAUUUUUGACCACAGUGAGUUUGAUUCGCCAAGCGGGUUCAACAUAGACAAAAUACACAGCAACGGUGGCCAGCAGGAGAAACAAGACCGCCUCUACCAUACAUACAGAGCCAACAACAUAGAGAGAAGUGGUGGUUCGCGGAGAGUUCAGUAUUUAAAGGAUAAUGCUUCGAACUCCGCGAGAGAAGCCGCGACCCACGAAGCUUCGAAUGAGUACAACCUGCAGGAGGUGCCACCGACCGGCGCGCCUCACCAGGCGGACAGAGAGAUGAGAGACACCUCCGCCAGCAAGAAACCUGGCGGAGGAGGUCAAACAUCCUCCGUACCUCUCCUAGACACCGAAGGCUCGGUUCGAAUCCCUUGCUACGUCAUUAUCUUCCUGCUGGGAGUAGUGGGCAACACGCUGGUGAUCGUCACACUCCUCCAGAACCGCAAGAUGAGGACCAUCACCAACGUCUUCCUCCUUAACCUGGCGUUCUCGGACCUGCUGCUGGGGGUGUUCUGCAUGCCCUUCACCCUGGUCGGCUCCUUGCUCAGGGACUUCAUCUUCGGACCCGUCAUGUGCCGUCUCAUUCCUUACUUCCAAGCUGUGUCGGUGUCGGUGUCGGUGUGGACGCUGGUGGCCAUUUCCCUGGAGCGGUACUACGCCAUCUGCCAGCCGCUGCGCUCCAGAGGGUGGCAGACACUCUCCCACGCCUACAAGAUCAUCAGCCUGGUGUGGCUGCUCUCCCUGGCCUUCAUGGCGCCAAUAGCAGCACUCUCCCAACUCCUGCCCGUCGGCGACACUAGCCGCCACAAGUGCCGGGAGAUGUGGCCCAGCCUCCACCUGGAACGGGGGUUCAGCAUGUUCCUGGGCGCCGGGCUGCUGUUGGUGCCUCUGAUCAUCAUGGUAGCGGCCUACUCCUCCAUCAUCAUCUCCCUGUGGCAUGGCAUGAGGCUUGAGCGUGAGACCGGCCAAGGUACCCGUUCCUUGAUCUCCCUGACUGAUCUCAACAGUUUGACUAUGGUACAGCAGAGUUUGAGACGCAAGAACUCACGCAGACACGCCUCCAAAAUAUCUAUCAGGUUCCGCAAGAUCCCGGCGCAGACGAGGGCGUGCGAAGAGUGUGGAGAGGCGGGGAGAAACUCCGGCAUCGAGCUCGGUCCUGUCCACGACCCACACACCCAGUCGCUCGACCAGGAAAGUGGCUCCCACACCUGCCUCCACGGGAGAGAGUACCACAACUACAAGUGGCAGGUGGAGUCGGUGCGAGAGAACGGGAACUUAGCCUCUCCACAAGGCAAGGCGCCAAAAAAUGGCUUCAAGCGACUUCGAAGUACACACUUGGAGAAGAGCAUCGAGGCCAAGAAGCACGUCAUCAAAAUGCUCUUCGUGGUAGUCCUCGAGUUCUUCCUGUGUUGGACACCCAUCUUCGUCGUCAAUAUCAUGUGCCUCUACAUCCCUGACCAGGUCUACAGGGCCCUGGGCUCCUUCGGGAUAUCCUUCAUGCAUCUCCUCUCCUACGCCUCCUCCUGCUGCAACCCCGUCACCUACUGCUUCAUGAACAAGAAGUUUCUACAAGGGUUUCGCCACGCUUUUGGCUGCAGGAAAGAGAACGAGAGAAUGGCCAGGGGCAACGGGACCGGCGCCAGCUUCAGGAGUCAGAGCAACAACGCCUGCAGGCUAGCCAUGGAGGUGAAGAGGGACACCAGGGAGACCACAGUGUGAGGAAUAUGGUCAAAGAUAAAUCGAGUUAAAACUUAUUAUACUGGGGAAUACAUUGCAUAUCAUUGUAUUAAGAGCAUUAAGGACUAAGGCGUCAGGACGUUAGAGGGCAAGAUAUCAUGUUGGAGUAGAUGAGGCAUCGUUGCAGGCUAGUGUUCUUGGGAGACGGAACACCAAUGGGUGUUCACAGUAUAGGGAACGAUGGCGACCAUUAAAUAACUAUGUGUAGUGACUAAAAAAAAAAGUACAUAGAAGAACACAUGAUCAAACGAACAUAGGGUCACGGCCCAGUUUAACAUUGAAGCUGUUACCCAUGCAGCAGCGCCACCCCCCCUCCCACAGGAGAGACAUUAUCUAAAGCAAUAUAAAUUGCUUCCCCCCCCCCCUCAUGAGAGUUUUGCUCACACACGACAGAAAUUCCAGGAUAUUGCAAAACAAGAACGUUUAUAUAACAAUAUAAUCAUAGUCUUUGCUGGAGGCUCUUCAUCUGUGAAGGGCCAGUGACCCCGCUGAAUUACGAGGUCGGUGCACAACCAAUGUAUUAUACGGACUCAACAACCAGGGUGAACAACCAAUGUAUUAUACGGACUCAACAACCGGGGUGAACAACCGAUGUAUUAUACGGACUCAACAACCAAGGUGAACAACCAAUGUAUUAUACGGACUCAACAACCAAGGUGAACAACCAAUGUAUUAUACGGACUCAACAACCAAGGUGAACAACCGAUGUAUUAUACGGACUCAACAACCGGGGUGAACAACCGAUGUAUUAUACGGACUCAACAACCGGGGUGAACAACCAAUGUAUUAUACGGACUCAACAACCGGGGUGAACAACCAAUGUAUUAUACGGACUCAACAACCGGGGUGAACAACCGAUGUAUUAUACGGACUCAACAACCGGGGUGAACAACCGAUGUAUUAUACGGACUCAACAACCGGGGUGAACAACCAAUGUAUUAUACGGACUCAACAACCGGGGUGAACAACCAAUGUAUUAUACGGACUCAACAACCGGGGUGAACAACCAAUGUAUUAUACGGACUCAACAACCGGGGUGAACAACCAAUGUAUUAUACGGACUCAACAACCGGGGUGAACAACCAAUGUAUUAUACGGACUCAACAACCGGGGUGAACAACCGAUGUAUUAUACGGACUCAACAACCAAGGUGCACUAGUAACCAACCACAUUUUCACUCAGUUAUCUACCAGAAAGGCACAAAGUUAUGAAUCAGUUAUGUGGAAAUAACAAGGAUGGGACGUAAUAACUAAGGUAAUUUUCUUACAUGCAAAAAUAAUAUAGGAAUAUAAUGGAGAGACUAAAAAAAAAAAGAAGAAUUUAUUCAGAGAAUUAAAUCGCCUAAUUUUGCGUUUGUUCCAAACAGUAAACAUGUCCAAUUUAUACAAACCUUCGCCUCUAUUUAAUUUGAAUUAGAAUUCCUUUUAUCACAGCGCUAUUCCGUAUAGCCUUUCCAUUGGAGACUUUCGGUGCUGUGGAGAUGGGGAACCUGCUGCAUGGGUAACAGCUUUUCCCCUGGA